AAAUGCGUGGAACCUAUGUCAACCAAUGGCAAGCAGAGGCAAAGUAGUCAAAGUAGUAGCCAGUCAGGCGACAGCGUUCGCCGUAGCAAAAACGGUGGACACAGUUGUUUAGCUACUACAAACGGCCUGGCAGCCAGUGGAGGUGGAGGAAGCGGUGGCGGUGGAGGUCGUGGCGAGGCAAGGCGAAAUAGUGAAGAAACUAAUAGAAGGAGCAGUAGCAGCAAAAGGAAAACCAGCUGUGGAGUUGCAACAGAGAUAGCCGGCGGAGAUAAAGCGGCGGCGGCGGCGGCUGCGGAAAAAUCGAAAUUGGAAUCGAAAUCAAAAUCAAAAUCGAAACAGAAAUCAAAGUGUUUCGGUGGCACAGUGUUUCGCUGUUGCCUACCUUGUCGCGGGGGCAGCGGCUCAGCAGCCCCCGCCACAAGUCCGCCCCAAACGCCAAACGCGCCACAAAUACCGGACGACGAAAACCACCACCAACACCAACAACACAAUCGUAAUCUCAAUCCCAAUACCAACACCAACGCCAAAAUAGAAGAAGAACGAGGUGACGAUUUAAACCACCAGGAAAAGGGAGUAAAGAGUGAAGUGAAUCAACACAAUCAAGAAGUGGAGCAAGUCGAUCAGCAUCAACUACCGGAGCCGAUAUCAUCUGACAUUAUUGAGCAAAAGAAACAUUCAUUGACCUCUAUAACCACGCCUAUUUCGUUGAAGACUCUUAUAAACGACGAAGUCGACGACGUGGAAGAUCUUAGUGCAGCGGAUAUAGCGGCAGCUAAAUUGGCCAGCGGCCUAGUGCCCCGUCGAGCAGAACCCGAGACAUUGAGUGACGCCAGUGUAUCUCCCACUUCAGGUGCAGUACAGUCGCAGGCAAUUCAGCAGAUUACAGCAACAGUAGCAAACGCUGCAACAGCAACAACAACUUACCAAGUCAUAGGCACCUCCAGCAUUGGAACAGGAACAAGUCUUAGCAGUCUUCUAGCCUCCGUUGGCAGUAGUUAUAGCUCGAAUCCAAUAUCAACGAAUACAGCUCCCAGUACAGGCACAACCAAUAAUCCACCACCACAAACUACAAGUCAAUCCUCACGUUGCAGUUGCCAACCGCAAACCUCGCCACUGCCGCACAUCAAGGAGGAGGAGGAAUCGGAGCAGGGUAAUAACUCCAAACAACAACAGCAUCAGCAAUUGCAACAGCUGGAUCAGCAACAAUCACAAUCUAUCAUCAUCUUUGAGGAGGAACCGCCAGUGCAAGGAGCAGCUCCCCUUAUAGCCAACUAUUGUGGCAGCUGUGAGAGUGUUCAUCACUCAUCCGGUACCACAUCCUCAUCGACAGCAGCUGCAGCUGCACAACCAGCACCAUCUACAGCGGGCACCGGCACUUCAGCAUCGGAAUACAUUGUGAGUUCGACACCAUCGCCGCGAAUCAAACUCAAGUUUCGCAAACCGCAUAAGUCCUGCUGGUCGCGUAUUGUGUUAGCGCCAAUCGGGUCCACAGGGUCAUCAUCCUUGGCCGGCACGGUUAUUGGCAGCAACUCGAACGAAACUCUAGCCUCCAGUGGCACUUCGACAAACACAAAUACCCAGAAUAGCAGCAGCAUCAGUGUUGCCGCCCAUCAGCAUCAGCGUUUGACAUCAUCAUCGGCAUCGGCCCUAGCGUCACAGCAAUUGCUGCCCACUAGCAAAAUGCAGGCCGAACAGGGUUCCAUUGGAGAUCUCCAAAAAUAUCAUAGCAGAUAUCUGAAGAAUCGACGACACACUUUGGCCAAUGUGCGUUUCGAUGUAGAAAAUGGCCAAGGCGCCCGAUCACCGCUUGAGGGCGGCUCACCCAGCGCUGGUUUGGUUUUACAGAAUUUACCGCAACGUCGCGAAUCAUUUUUAUAUCGUUCCGAUUCGGAUUUUGAAAUGUCUCCGAAAUCAAUGUCGAGAAAUUCAAGCAUUGCUAGUGAAAGGUUUAAAGAACAGGAGGCCUCUAUACUCAUUGACAGAUCCCAUGGCGAGGAUCUCAUUGUGACGCCGUUUGCCCAAAUUUUAGCCAGUUUACGUUCAGUGCGCAACAAUUUAUUAAGUCUGACAAAUGUUCCAGCAUCAAACAAAUCCAGGCGGCCAGCUCAGUCAUCAUCUGUUGGACGUGCCGGCAAUGUCAGUGGCGUCCAAUUGGCCCAAGGAGAUGAGGCAUACACACGCCUGGCCACCGAUACCAUUGAGGAGUUAGACUGGUGUUUGGAUCAACUGGAGACCAUACAAACGCACCGGAGUGUCUCCGACAUGGCUUCCCUUAAGUUCAAGCGCAUGCUGAACAAGGAGCUAUCACACUUUAGCGAAUCAAGCAGAUCGGGAAAUCAAAUUUCCGAAUAUAUCUGUUCAACAUUUUUGGACAAGCAGCAAGAGUUCGAUUUACCCUCCCUGCGUGUGGAUGAUAAUCCGGAGCAUGCCAUUGCCAAUGCAGCAGCCAAUAGCGCUCAGCAACAACAACAGCAGCAAUAUCCACGAUCACGUUCACCGCGAGGUCCGCCCAUGUCACAGAUAAGCGGUGUGAAGCGUCCCCUAUCCCAUACGAAUAGCUUCACUGGUGAACGGUUGCCCACAUUCGGUGUGGAAACGCCCAGAGAAAAUGAGCUGGGCACCCUACUCGGCGAGCUAGAUACCUGGGGCAUUGAGAUCUUUAAAAUUGGCGAUUUAAGUUGCAAUCGUCCGCUCACCUGUGUGGCAUACACCAUAUUUCAGAGUAGAGAAUUAUUGACCAGUCUUAUGAUACCACCGAAAACUUUUCUUAACUUUAUGACUACUCUGGAGGACCACUACGUCAAAGACAAUCCGUUUCACAAUUCACUGCAUGCUGCUGACGUGACACAGAGUACAAAUGUGCUACUCAAUACACCGGCACUGGAAGGCGUAUUCACUCCACUCGAAGUAGGCGGUGCAUUGUUCGCCGCUUGUAUACACGAUGUUGAUCAUCCUGGCUUAACCAAUCAGUUUUUGGUUAACUCAAGUUCCGAACUAGCAUUAAUGUACAAUGACGAAUCUGUUUUGGAAAAUCACCAUUUAGCUGUUGCCUUUAAAUUAUUGCAAAAUCAAGGAUGUGAUAUAUUCUGUAAUAUGCAAAAGAAACAACGCCAAACAUUGAGGAAAAUGGUUAUUGAUAUUGUGCUGUCCACGGAUAUGUCCAAGCACAUGAGUCUGUUGGCCGAUUUGAAGACAAUGGUGGAAACCAAGAAAGUAGCCGGCUCCGGGGUGCUGCUGCUUGACAACUACACCGAUCGCAUACAGGUGCUCGAGAAUCUGGUGCAUUGCGCUGAUCUCAGCAAUCCCACCAAACCUUUACCGCUUUACAAACGAUGGGUGGCUCUACUCAUGGAGGAGUUCUUCCUACAAGGAGAUAAGGAGCGCGAGUCGGGCAUGGAUAUUAGUCCCAUGUGCGAUCGUCACAAUGCCACGAUUGAGAAAUCCCAAGUGGGCUUCAUCGAUUACAUUGUCCAUCCACUGUGGGAGACUUGGGCCGAUUUGGUGCAUCCCGAUGCACAGGAUAUACUCGAUACGCUUGAAGAGAACAGAGACUACUAUCAGAGCAUGAUACCACCAUCACCGCCGCCAUCGGCUGCCGAUGAUUUGCCACAAGAUGAAAAGAUACGCUUUCAAGUAACACUGGAAGAAUCCGAUCAGGAGAAUUUGGCCGAACUGGAGGAAUGCGAUGAGAGCGAUGCCACAACAACAACUACACCAGCUGGUAGUAUCGAUGGCGGCGGGGGUGUCGGAGCUGGUGUUAAACCGUCUGGAAGUCAAAAUCAAUCGCAACACGGUGGAAUGUGACGGAGAGUCGUGGGAAUUUAUCGCAAAUUAACGGAAAAGGUUCACAACUUUUUCCUAAUACGUUAGUGACUAUUAUUAAAAGCAGCAACAAAAAACAAAAA